CCUCUGGGGCAGAAGAAGGUGGAGGCGGCGGCGGCGGCGGCCGUUGCAGUGGUGGCGGCGGCGAAAGCGACGCGAGCGGCGGGAGCCUGAGGGCGGCGGCGGCACCCGCGGCCCAUCCCCGGGCCCCAGCUGUGCGCGCCUCGGCCCCGGAGCCCGGACCGGACGGGGGCGCCGACGCGCCUCUGUGUCUGCCUUUCCGAGGAGGCGGGAGUGAGGAAAAAGGCUUAGGGCCCAGGGGGCGGGGAAGGGGGGCCGGGCCUGGAUCCGCGGGGAGGCCGAGCCCGAGGCCCGACUGCGGCUCGCGCUUCCCGGGGACGCGACUAGAAGGAGCGUCGUCGUCGACCGCGGCGGCGGCGGCGGCGGAUCGAACGCCGGCGGCGGCGGGUGGAGCGCGGGGGCCGGGCGGCGCGCGCGCGCGCGCGGGGGGCCAUGGCGUCGGUGCAGGCGUCCCGCCGCCAGUGGUGCUACCUGUGCGACCUGCCCAAGAUGCCGUGGGCCAUGGUGUGGGACUUCAGCGAGGCCGUGUGCCGCGGCUGCGUGAACUUUGAGGGCGCGGACCGCAUCGAGCUGCUCAUCGACGCCGCCCGCCAGCUCAAGCGCAGCCACGUGCUCCCCGAGGGCCGCUCCCCGGGGCCCCCGGCCCUCAAGCACCCCACCUCCAAGGACCUGGUUUCUGCCGCCGCCGCCGCCGCCGCACAGGGACCCCAGCUGCCGCCGCCGCAGGCCCAGGCCCAGCCCUCGGGGGCCGGCGGCAGCACCUCGGGCCAGGACCGCUACGACAGGGCCACCUCGUCCGGCCGCCUCCCGCUGCCCUCGCCCGCCCUGGAGUACACGCUGGGGUCCCGCCUGGCCAACGGGCUGGGCCGCGAGGACGCCGUGGUGGUGGAGGGGGCGAGAAGGGCCUUGCUUGGCUCCAUGCCCGGCUUGGUGCCCCCCGGGCUGCUGGCAGCUGCGGUGACCGGCCUGGGAAGCCGAGCUCUCACCCUGGCACCGGGCUUGAGCCCUGCCCGCCCGAUCUUCGGCUCCGAUUUCGAGAAGGAGAAGCAGCAGAGGAAUGCGGACUGCCUGGCGGAACUGAACGAGGCCAUGCGGGGCAGGGCGGAGGAGUGGCACGGCCGCCCGAAAGCUGUGCGGGAGCAGCUGCUGGCGCUGUCCGCCUGCGCCCCCUUCAACGUCCGCUUCAAGAAGGAUCACGGGCUGGUGGGCCGGGUGUUCGCCUUCGACGCCGCCGCCCGCCCGCCGGGCUACGAGUUUGAGCUGAAGCUCUUCACCGAGUAUCCCUGCGGCUCCGGCAACGUGUACGCGGGCGUCCUGGCCGUGGCCCGCCAGAUGUUUCACGAUGCCCUGCGCGAGCCGGGCAAGGCCCUGGCCUCCUCGGGCUUCAAGUACCUCGAGUACGAGCGCCGGCACGGCUCGGGGGAGUGGCGCCAGCUAGGAGAGCUGCUCACCGACGGCGUCCGGAGCUUCCGGGAGCCCGCCCCGGCCGAGGCCCUGCCCCAGCAGUACCCCGAGCCGGCCCCCGCAGCCCUGUGCGGCCCGCCCCCGAGGGCCCCGUCCCGCAACCUGGCGCCCGCCACCCGCCGCCGCAAGGCGUCCCCUGAGCCCGAGGGCGAGGCGGCCGGGAAGAUGACCAGCGAGGAGCAGCAGCAGCGACACUGGGUGGCCCCCGGCGGUCCGUACUCUGCCGAGACCCCCGGGAUGCCCUCGCCCAUCGCCGCCCUGAAGAAUGUGGCUGAAGCCCUGGGCCACUCCCCCAAGGACCCCAGCGGGGGCGGCGGCCCUGGGCGCGCGGGGGGUGCCAGCCCCGCGGCCUCCUCCACGGCCCAGCCCGUAGCCCAGCAUCGCCUGGUGGCCCGAAACGGGGAUGCCGAAGUCAGCCCCACCACCGGGGCAGAAGCCGUCAGCGGGGGCGGCGGCGGCACCGGGGCCACCCCCGGAGCCCCGCUGUGCUGCACGCUGUGCCGGGAGCGGCUGGAAGACACCCACUUCGUCCAGUGCCCCUCCGUGCCCGGACACAAGUUCUGCUUCCCCUGCUCCAGAGAGUUCAUCAAGGCGCAGGGCCCUGCCGGCGAGGUGUACUGCCCCAGCGGAGAGAAGUGCCCGCUGGUGGGCUCCUCUGUCCCCUGGGCCUUCAUGCAGGGGGAGAUCGCCACCAUCCUCGCCGGAGACAUCAAGGUUAAGAAAGAACGGGACCCCUAGACCACCACGGCCACCAGCCUGCUGCCCCUGCCCCCUGGCCACCCACCGCUGCUGCGGAUAAGUUAUUCCCUCCCCUCCCCAGCCCAGUGCCCCCCCCCCCCCGCCCGUGUACAUACUCCCGUCCUCCUCCCACGGGGUCCCCUGGGGUACACGCGUUGAGGGUGGGGGGAGAAAGCCGUGGCCUCUGUCUGAGGGCGGUGUUCGGGGUCCCUCGGCCCCUCCGGUUUCCCUUUCCCCUCCUCCGCUUGGCUUCGCUGCUGCUCGUAGUUGGGGAAGAGGCGGCCCCUUCCUCCUGGAGAAGGGCCUCCUGGACUUGUCGCUCUUAUCAAUGAAGCAAAAGCAUUUAUCGCUCCCUCUCCUGCCCCCUGUCCCCCUUCAAUAAACCGAAACGUGGGUUUCUU